AUGGGAAUGAAAUGCCUAUUACCCCCGGCUUUCACUCAAAUGUUUGGCUACUCUUCAAACCAAUUCAAUCAAACCAGCAACUUCGUAAACACCCACAACAAAAUAAAGGUGAUGGAGAGAGAGGAAUUUCCAGGUGGGUUUCAAGUUCCUCUUCACUACCCUAAAUACUCCAAGUCUGAUUAUGAAGCCAUGGAUGAUCUUAGCCUUGACUUGCUCCUCAAACAAUAUGGAAUCUCCCUCGAAGGAUCUCUUGAAGACAAGAGGGUCUUUGCAAUGGAGUCAUUUCUCUGGCCAGACCAGCUUUAGAGUUUAUUUAUGUUUGGUGUUUGUAUAUCCAAGUCUCAUCUCCACCAACGUCCGAUCCUAUCAUGAUGAGCCUAAGAUUAAAUAUUUUAGAAUUAUGAUAAAUCAUGACAUAUAUCAAUCACUUUGUAAUCAAGUUUGUCUAUUAUAUGUUUAUAUUUGGGAGCUUUAUAUGUACAUGUAUGAAAAACUUUUGAAGCAUGUUAUUUACACCUAUGUAUCACCAUGAGUGCAUUAACUAAUAACAUCUUUCUUGUUUUUAA